AGAGAGCCCAGAGGAGGGACUUCUUCUCAGUGAGAGAGGCAGGGGUGGGGCCUCCCCCGCGCUGGCUCCUGGGGACUCUUGGGACCACAGCAGAGACACAGGGUGGCUAGAGGUGAGUGAGAGGUGAACUCGGCCGGGGCCUGGCCCGGUGAAGACUCUCUCCACCUUCUCCCCGGGAGCACCGACGACCAUGGCCCUGGCCCAGCAGCUGCGGGCUGAGAGCGACUUUGAGCAGCUUCCCGACGACGUUGUGGUCUCCGCCAACAUCGCCGACAUCGAGGAGAAGAGGGGCUUCACCAGCUAUUUCGUUUUCGUCAUCGAGGUGAAGACAAAAGGGGGGUCCAAGUACCUCAUCUAUCGCCGCUACCGCCAGUUCUACGCCUUGCAGACCAAGCUGGAGGAGCGGUUUGGGCCGGAGAACAAGACCAGCCCGUUCACCUGCAACCUGCCCGCGCUGCCAGCCAAAGUCUACGUGGGAGUGAAACAGGAGAUCGCGGAGAUGCGGAUACCUGCCCUCAACGCCUACAUGAAGAGCCUGCUUAGCCUGCCCAUCUGGGUGCUGAUGGACGAGGACGUCCGGAUCUUCUUCUACCAGUCGUCCUAUGACUCGGAGCAGGUGCCCCAGGCGCUGCGCCGGCUCCGGCCGCGCACCCGGAAAGUCAAGAGCGAGUCCCCACAAGGCGCCAUCUUUGACCGCAUGGCAGCUCCGCGAGCAGAGGCCCUGUUUGACUUCACUGGCAACAGCAAACUGGAACUGAAUUUCAAAGCUGGAGAUGUGAUCAUCCUUCUCAGUCGGAUCAAUAAAGACUGGCUGGAGGGUACUGUCCGGGGAGCCACGGGAAUCUUCCCACAGUCGUUCGUGAAGACCCUCAAGGACUUCCCGGAGGAAGAAGACCCCACCAACUGGCUGCGUUGCUACUACUAUGAGGACACCAUCAGCACCACCAAGGACAUCGCGGUGGAGGAGGACCUCAGCAGCACUCCGCUGUUCAAGGACCUGCUGCAGCUCAUGAGACGGGAGUUCCAGAGGGAGGAUAUCGCCCUAAACUACCGGGAUGCCGACGGGGAUCUGGUGCGGCUGCUCUCAGACGAGGACGUGGCGCUCAUGGUGAGGCAGGCCCAAGGGCUCCCCUCCCAGAAGCGCCUCUUCCCCUGGAAGCUGCACGUCACCCAGAAGGAUGACUAUGCCAUCUACAACACUGUCCCCUGAGCCGAUGGUGUCCCUGGGGCAGGGAGGGACCCUUGGUAAGAAGCCCUCCGAGGAGAUUAGGACCAGGAAAGCCUGGGAGCAUGGGACAGACUUCCUGGUUUGAAUCCAUGGACCGGCUGGGCUUGGCUUGUAUUCUGUUUAUCUGCACACUUGGUCUUGAAGUGAAAUAAACCCUUUCAUCUCAAAGGUC